AUGGCGGCAUCGCUUGCGCCACCGUGCCACUCCGCGCUCUCUCCGCCACCUCUCCGCCUCGCCGCGCGCAAUUCGCCCUUCCGCGCCUCCUCCCUGCCGCUCCACCCGAGGGGGGUGAUGCUCGGGCCGCACGGGGCGGUGCGCGGCGCGGCGCAGGGGGUGCGCGCGGCCGUGGCGGAGGGCGGAGAGCCAGCGCCGAUGGGGCAGGUAACGCGGUACAACGACUCGCCCAUCGACCUCGCGCUCAUGGGGCUCUUCCGCCGCAAGAUGGAGCAGCAGAUCGGUGGCGAACGUGACCAACCGUGCCUCUUGCUCCCCUCCCUGCUUCAUGGCAUGGCGGCAUGUCUGCUUCAUGGCAUGGCGGCAUGUCUGCUUCAUGGCAUGGCGGCAUGUCUGCUUCAUGGCAUGGCGGCAUGUCUGCUUCAUGGCAUGGCGGCAUGUCUGCUUCAUGGCAUGGCGGCAUGUCUGCUUCAUGGCAUGGCGGCAUGUCUGCUUCAUGGCAUGGCGGCAUGUCUGCUUCAUGGCAUGGCGGCACGGCGGCAUGGCGGCAUGACGUCCCGGCGGCGCGGGGCCAUCAGAGGUGGCGACGAGGAAGCGCGGGUACGAGGCGUUCGUGGAGGUGUCGCGGCGGGUGAUGCAGGGGCGGUCAGCCGCGGAGCAGCGCGCCAUCGUGGCCAACGUGCUCAUGUCGCUGCUGCCACCCAACGCCCCCGCCACUCGUGCUCCUCACCCUGGGAUGUGCAUGCCGCUGUGCCAUUGCAUCCACUUCUCUCGCCGUUCCUGCUCCUCUCCUCGCUUUCCCCGCAUUCCGCAUUCCUUUCCGCCCAGCCACCAUUUUCACUCAGUUCAUUCCCUUCUGCAGCCCCACCCCCCUCGUCCCCACACCACCAUUUUCCCAACCCCCCUCUCCCCCGCCCCGCUGUCCCCCAGUUCCGCAAGCUGUUUCCCCCCAGCAAGUGGUCAGCGGAGAUCAACGCCGCCAUCACCGUGCCGGGCUUCCAGUGGCUCGUGGGGCCCUGCCAGUUGAAGGAAGUGGAGGUGAACGGGCAGAAGCAGAUGAGCGGCGUGCACGUCACCAAGUGCAGGUACCUGGAGGUGAGUGGGUGUGUGGGCAUGUGCGUCAACAUGUGCAAGCUGCCCACUCAGGACUUUUUCACCAAUGAUUUUGGCCUGCCCCUCACCAUGACACCCAACUUUGAGGACAUGAGCUGUGAGAUGGUGUUCGGCCAGAUGCCCCCUCCCCUCUCCGAGGACCCCGCCCUCUCCCAGCCCUGCUUUGCCGCUCUCUGCUCCAUGGCCCAACCAGAGGCUGACAAGUGUCCGCGUGUUCCCGAUGCCACACCCUGA